AUGCAUCUCGAGAUUCCACAAGUGCCUCCAGAGCAUCUCGAUGAGUUCUGUUCAACACGCACCUUCAAGAUUUUCAACACCAACAAUAUAUGGGUAAAUCUGCGUGCCGUGAAGGAGCGGCUGGAUUCUAUCUCAAGUGAAAUCAUAGUCAACAAGAAGGAUUUGAAUGGGCGUUCAGUGAUACAGCUGGAAACGUCAAUCGGCGGAUGUAUAAGGAACUUCCCGCGAGCUUAUUCCUCAUCAGUCAUAGACAAAGUUCAAAAAGUUCUCUGA